AUGGCAACAGAAAAUACGCUCGUGCAACCUGCAAUUCCUAAGUUCGAUGGUCACUAUGAUCAUUGGGCAAUGUUGAUAGAGAAUUUUCUACGUUCAAAAGAGUACUGGAGUUUGGUGGAAACUGAAAUUUCAGUUGCACCUAAUAAAUAUCAAGGUUCGACGAGGGUUAAGCGAGCUCAAUUACAGGUAUUGAGAAAGGAAUUUGAUACACUUCACAUGAAGGUUGGUGAAACUGUGAAUGAUUAUUUUGCACGUACACUUACUAUUGCGAACAAAAUGAAAGCUAAUGCUAAAAACAAAAGUGACAAAGAAGUUGUGGAAAAAAUAUUGCGAUCCAUGACAACGAAAUUCAAUUAUGUGGUUUGUUCUAUUGAUGAGGCACAAGACACUAACAACCUGUCCAUAGAUGAAUUACAAAGUAGUUUGCUAGUGCACGAGCAAAUGAUAAUUAUCCCAGAGGAGGAACAAGUUUUGAAGGUGACAUAUGGGGAAUCUUCUACUCGAGGACGAGGUCGUGGUGGCUAUCGAGGACGAGGGCACUUCCAGUGGGAAUGUCAGAGCAAAGAAAGCAAUCAUACAGAGAAUUCUGAAGAAAUGCUACUCAUGGUAUGGGUUGGUCAACUCGAGAGUGACAAUUGGUUUUUAGACUCCGGUUGCAGCAAUCACAUGUGUAAUAGAAAAGAAUAUUUUACAGACUUCAAUAAGCAAUUUGCAGACAAUGUGAAGCUAGAAAAUGAUGCUACCUUGGUGGUGAAAGAGAAGGGCUUAGUUGUGCUUAUUCAACACAACAACUACAAGGCUUAUCAUCCUGAUAGGGGUGUUAUCGUGAUGUCUUUAAAUCGCAUGUUCAAGAUUGCAACAUUGUCUCUACCAUCUGGUACAACUUGCUUCAAUACAAUAACUGAAGAUGUUGGUCAAUUAUGGAAUUGCCGCAAUGCUCAUCUGAGUUUCAAUGGACUCAACACUUUAUAG